AUGGUAAAGCUGUUUAGGGGAAAGAUAAACAAGCUGGCAGAGGGAGUAGGUGGUGAGGUGCUCUAUUAUGAAUACGAAGAGGAGGAGGGUAUCGAGGAGGAUACAUCGACGCAAGCUCAGCACACGCAUACGGUGGAGCACGGAGUGGCGCUCGGGGAGCGGGUUGCUGUCGAGGAGCAGGAGGGCGAAACGGCUGUGCAGGCUGUCGAGGAGCAGGAGGGCGAAGCGGCUGUGCAGGAGUGUGGGGCAGGAGUGCAGCACCAGGGGGAGGGCGGGGAGGCUGCGCAGGAGGGUGCGAUAGGAGGGCAGCAGCAGGAGGGCGGGAAGGCUGCGCAGCAGGGUGCGACAGAAGGGCAGCAGCAGGAGGGCGUGACGGUUGCGCAGCAGGGUGCGACAGGAGGGCAGCAGCAGGAGGGCGUGACGGCUGCGCAGGAGGGUGGGGUAGGAGGGCAGGAGCAAGAGGGCGGGGAGGCUAUGCAUGAGUGUCUCCGAGGAGACGAGCGACAAGUCGGAGUUACAAGGAGACACCGCACGGCCAGUGGCAGCGGACAAGCGGGCCCAUCGAGGGGGCGCCCGUCGACGGUGGGCCAUUCGACGUCGGACAUUGCAUCCGGAGGCCAGAUUGUCGAGCUACUGCAGAGGGUCGCGGAGGUGGAGGCGUCGCAGAAGCAGCUCGUUGCCGACGUAUUUGCGAAGCAGAGUGAGCAAGCCGUAGUUUUCAACAAGCUUGCUGCGGAUUUUCGGACGGCCUGGGGAACGAUUUGGGAGUCGUCGAAGACCACACUGAAGCAGUGCGCCGACGCUGUAAACGGCGUCACGGAGGAGAGGAAGCUGUUGGAAGGGCUGGUCGAGGAGCGGCUCAAGCUGGUCGAGGAGCAGCUGGCUGCUUCGUUCAUAAAGGAUAUCGAGAAUGCCGUCAAGGAGGACUUGUUCUACUCCAACCUCCCACCCGAGACCAUGAAGCAGCUGAAGGACAUUGUGAGAGAAGGCCACCUUGAAGGUGAAGCGGAGAGAUUGGAAGUCCUCACCGAAGCGGUGGCGAGGGGAUUACAGCGCUCGACGGGCCCGUCGACGAGAUCGCGUCAGGAGGGUGUGGCAGGGGUUCGCAGCGGGACCGAGCCUCGACUUCACAUAGGCGUGGUUCCUCCUUCUUCUUUGGUGGGAGGACAUGUCGGCAGCCGGGUAGCAUCACCACCGUCGCGUGGCCGUCAUCCCGUCGCCAAGUCCGUGGAGGAUAACGAGGUCAUAGUACUCGACCAGUCCCCCCUCCCAAAGAGCUCCGAAGCAGCUGCGAUGCCUCCAACUGAUGCGUUUGCUCCGAUGCGCGACAUUCUGCAGGGUUUGGGGAUUACGGGUGGGAAAGGAGUGGUUGCGGGGGAGAAAAGUGGUGCCGCAAUCGAUUCCGUCGCCGCAGACGGGAACAAAGCCUUGGGAAAGCGAUGUGUCCCCACCCCGUCCGGAGGCGCUGCGGGCCAAGGGGCGGGAGAGACGUCAGCUGGGUUGUUGUCGAAGACAAAAGCAGCAUCCGCUGCGCAGAGCGGUGGUGCUGGCCGUCCUGUCGAGCUGGUGGGAUAUUGGGCGUCUUCCUCUACCCCUGCAGUUGCUCCUGUCGAUGCUCCGGCCCUGGGCGACGUCUGCUUUAGCGAUCCGGGUUCCCCUUCGACGUCGAAGAAGAAGCCGGCUGCGACGAAGUCGUCAAAGCGCUCUGCACAGGCUACAGAGAGCUUUGACGUCGUGGAGCUGGCCAGCCUCUCUGGCCAGGCUCCUGUCGUGAAGACGUCUACCGUCGUUGCUGCUCGACAGGAGAAGGCGAAAAAGGCCAAGGUCAUAGGUUACACCCCACCUCCUCGACCGGACGACCAAGGCAAGACGAGAGGCAGCAAAGCUCCCUUCAGAGGACCGGGUUUCAGGUUGCGGAAGGGGAAGCCAGUUUCCGAGCAGACCGUCGGCGGGAGGAAGCGGUUCCUUGGCCCUUUUGAAACAGAGAAGGACCAGAAGUUCUGUACGGCCGUCUGCUGGCGCGUGUACUUCCCCGACAUUGUCCUUACGGAGUACAAAGGGUACACGGCGCAUGAUGAGAAGGACUGGAAGGUCUACCUCGAUGCGGCCGCAGAAAUGCCAACCGGCGUUUGGAGCGUGGCGCAAGAACAAGGGGAAUGUCGUUUUGACGAUUUCAAGUCGCUGUUGGUGACGGCAGAAAAGGAAGUGAGAGCUGGAACCGAUAGGGGAAUCGCGCUGUGCGUGGCGAUUGGUAAGGUUAGGACGCUUGGCCUCAAGCACGGGAACCUGAUUUACCCGGUCCCGAAGGGCAUGGCGGCGACACCGCACAUGAUGGCCAUCGCAGCAACUGUGGCGAGCUUGUGGGCGGCCUGCAGGAAGUUGUCGAGGGAGGAUAUUGAGAAGGAUGCUCUAGCUGCCGCAAACGCUACGCUCUACACCCCGGAGAUUGCAAGCAAGGCUUAUGUGGCUGCCAUGGCCGCGCUCGUGUCCAUACUUUUGCACGUCGGCAAAGCGUUUCCGAUGAAGCAGUGGCCCGAUCAGCGGUAUUCGACGGCUGUCCAAGGUCUUGGCUCGACGGACGCCAUACUGUUGCAGAUGCUGCGCGUGGUAGCAAAGGUCUGUACGCAAUGGUGCUGCUGUCGAGCUGCUGCGCGCUUGCUAGAGGAGGCGGGCUAUGGCAACCUGGAUAUGCCAGAAGAAAAGAGCAAGGCGAAGCUGGGCGACGAGGAUGCUGCGGAGACGGCAACGGCCGGGCAAGGAGAGUAG